UCUCACCAAGGAGGGGAGACUGUGAGGAACAGCAGAGCCGUCCCUCUCUGCCUCUUACCCAGAGCACCUUGGCAGGCGCUUCGUGGACGUGAGGGGCGUGAAUGGGCAGAGCAGAAUCUCCAGAAGGGAAGAUGAGCACCCAGGAUCCUUCAGAUCUGUGGAACAGGUCGUAUGGAGAAGCGGAGCUGCUCCAGGACUUGGGGUGGUACCACGGCAACCUCACCCGCCACGCAGCUGAGGCGCUGCUCCUCUCCAACGGAUGUGAUGGGAGCUACCUUCUGCGGGACAGCAAUGAGAGGAUUGGGCUCUACUCUCUCUCUGUGAGAGCCAAAGACUCUGUCAAACACUUUCAUGUUGAAUAUACUGGAUAUUCAUUUAAAUUUGGCUUUAAUGAAUUCUCAUCUUUGAAGGAUUUUGUCAAGCAUUUUGCAAAUCAGCCUUUGAUUGGAAGUGAGACAGGCACUCUGAUUGUUCUGAAACACCCCUAUCCCAAAAAAGUGGAAGAACCGUCCAUUUAUGAAUCCGUCCGGGUUCACACAGCAAUGCAGACGGGAAGAACAGAAAACGACCUGGUGCCCACCGCCCCUUCUCUGGGCACUAAAGAAGGCUACCUCACCAAACAGGGUGGUCUGGUCAAGACCUGGAAAACGCGGUGGUUUACUUUGCACAGGAAUGAACUGAAAUACUUCAAAGACCAGAUGUCACCAGAACCAAUUCGGAUCCUAGAUUUGACUGAAUGUUCAGCUGUACAAUUUGAUUAUUCACAGGAAAGGGUAAACUGCUUUUGCUUAGUAUUUCCAUUCAGGACAUUUUACCUCUGUGCAAAGACAGGAGUAGAAGCUGAUGAAUGGAUCAAGAUAUUACGCUGGAAGUUGUCUCAAAUAAGAAAACAGCUCGAUCAAGGGGAUGGCACAGUCCGAUCUCGGUCAUUCAUCUUUCAAUAGAUGGAUCUCCCUUGGUGAGGGAGACCCUGACUCAGGAGCAGGGUGGAAUGCUCCCAUUGCUGGGAUCCACGGCACACUUCACAUGAAAACUGACUGAGGGUUUUUCUGUAGAAACAAAUCAAAAGCAGAUGCAGAUUUGGACCAUUCAGAAGACACCACAUUUGCUGACUCGUGGAAAACUGCUGCCCUGCCCUUCAGGAUCCUUCCAUCUCCCUGAGAAUACUGAAGCAUCCUCGUUCUGAUGGGAACGGACAGACCACUGUAACCAGGCAUGCUGGGUCUUAGAACACACAGUAGGAGAUGGUUCUGUAUUCUCUCAUUGUUGUCCCCAAGCUGGUUGACAUUAGUCCCACUCUGCAACAUAGUCAGCUCAUCUGAGUUCCAGAUUGCGCUAUUAACCAGGAGGGAAAUGGCUAUAUAUGUAGCCUGAAGCUUAAGACUGCUUCUUCAGAAGGUAUAUUGGAAUAGCAAACGUCCAAGAUUGGUGGGAGGGCAGUGUUUUGUUUUGUUUAAUUUUUCCCUCAUUUAUACAAAAAACAAAGCAAUUUCCAAAACACAAAUGGAAAAUAUUUGUAAUAUUUAUUUUCUCUUUGUAAACAGCUCAGAUAUCUACUGGGUCCUGUCUUCCCUUCUAAUGAUAAACCUGUGAGAACUAAAUCUCCUGUGGGCUAUGAGGCAGAAUGAUAAAGAUAACAGGAGGUACAAUCUUAAAAAAAAUCACCUCUUUUAGUCAUUUUGGGGGAAAUUUUAUAAAGAAUGAAAAAGCAAAUAGAGGAAGAGUGAGAAAGUCAUAGGUAAUUCUUAGUUUAAUAAUAAUCAUCAUGAUAAUUAUUAUUGUAACAAUAAGAGAGGACUUGUAAGCACUAAGUUAUCUUCAUCCCACUCUUCUCAAACAGCCUGAAAGAGACUUCUCAAGGAAAGUGUUUUGUAACAAUGCCUUCCAAAAUGUGAGUGGUAGGUACUGGCCCAAGAGAAUACGAUGUAUCCUGCACUGCAAGGAGCAUCCUACGCCUUAUUCAAGGGCAACUUCUUUUGCCUACUGAGGGAGCAACACUAAUCCACACACGGAGUGUAAUGAUGUGUUCAUUGCACUGCAUUUUCAAGCCAGAUUAAGGGGGUUGAGAUUGGGAGAUAAGAUACCAUCAUCCAGAGCUCCUAAGUAGAUUCUAACUCCUUCUAGAAUCUUCAUUAAUAAUGCUUUAAUAGGCUGAAGUUUGAAGGGAGACGAAAGUGUAGGAAGAAACCAAAUAAAAAUGUUGUGGGGCAAAGCUAUAAUAUGACAUUGCUCUUGCAGUCCAAAGGGCAGCUUUGUUGAUUGAAUACAUUUCUUGUUAUUUGAACAUCUAAGGCUCAAAAAUACAUUUUAUAUGUUUCAACAAGGUUUUUAAUGUAUUUUGUAAUGUUUGUAUCAUAUGAGAUAAAGCAAAUGUCAAGUUAAAAUGUAUUGUGUCAAGUUUGCAAAGUAAGAAGUUAGACAUAAAUGUUCACCCAGAUGUAGUUUCAUGUUUUGUUUUUUUUAGAUCCAGAGGUGUUUGUGUAGGUAGCAUUGUUUCUAUGUUUUGUAAAAUAUGUUGUUUAUUUAUAUCCUUCGGUUGUAUCAAAAAGAGCAUGAUUUUGCUGUGUCUGUAAUAUUUUGCUAUUAAAGUGUUUUUAGUAUCUAA